GAGGGUGGUGGGAUUUGUUGCGGGCCGCAGAGGCUCCGGGGACUGAGCCAGCCUGCGGGGAGAGGGCUGGAGAGGGCCAGAGGACCCCGCAGGGCGCGGGCCGCAGUUGGGGCUUUUGCCAGGCAGGGGCGCUGAGCUGGGCUCCUAGAUUCCGAGGACCCUGCGAGUGCCCGCGUUGAUUUCGCGCGCUCUCCCCUCAUCCGCCAGGUGACCCAAGCCUUAUCCCCACAGCAUCCGUUGGAGCGACUUCUUCUGUGCACCCUUCCGAUUCUGUUUCUCAAGAUUACCCUCUCCCUCCCGGAAACGGUGGCGCGAACUGCAGGUGCCAGCCUGAAGCCCGAGGACGUGCGGUCUCUGCGGAGAGCUGCACCUGGGGAGAGGGGCUGGGAUCCCAGCUGCCUCUGUGCCGGUGGCCCCCAUGCUCCUGUCAUGGUUAACAGGACUAGCGGCUGGAAUAAUCCUCCUGCAUUUCUUGCAGAAACUCGCGUUCCCUUACUUCUGGGACGAUUUCUGGUACCUGCUGAAGGUGGUACGUUAUGGAAUUCGGUUGGAGACGUACGCACUGAAAGGGGAGCUGUUCACUGUCCUGGAUAAAUUCCUGAGUCUUGCCAAGAAGCAGCCCCAGAAACCUUUCAUCAUCUAUGAGGGAGACAUCCACACCUAUCAGGAUGUGGACAAAAAGAGUAGCAGAGUGGCCCACGUCUUCCUGAACCAUUCCACGCUGGAAAGGGGGGACACCGUGGCUCUGCUGAUGAGCAACGAGCCUGACUUCGUCCACGUGUGGUUCGGCUUGGCCAAGCUGGGCUGCGUGGUGGCCUUCCUCAAUUCCAACAUUCGCUCCAACUCCCUCCUGCACUGUAUCCGCAGCUGUGAGCCCAGGGCCCUCGUGGUAGGGGCAGAUCUGCUUGGAACUGUAGAAGAAAUCCUUCCGAGCCUCCCAGAAGGUAUCACUGUUUGGGGGAUGAACGAUUCUGUUCCACAAGGCGUAACCUCACUCAAAGAAAAACUGGGCACAGCGUCUGACAAGCCCGUGCCUCGCAGCCUCCAUGUGGCUUCAAGCCUCAAGUCUCCUCAUCUUUAUAUUUUUACCUCUGGAACAACAGGUCUACCAAAAGCAGCUGUAAUCAGUCAGCUGCAGGCUUUAAAGGGUUCUGCUGGCUUGUGGGCUUUCGGUUGUACUGCUAAUGACAUCAUUUAUAUAACUCUUCCUCUGUAUCAUAGUUCAGGAGCUCUUCUGGGAAUUGGUGGAUGUAUUGAGUUGGGAGCUACUUGUGUGUUAAAGAAGAAAUUCUCAGCAAGUCAGUUUUGGAAUGACUGCAGAAAGUAUAAUGUGACUGUGUUUCAGUAUAUCGGAGAACUUUGUCGCUAUCUUUGCAAACAACCGAAGAGAGAAGGAGAAAAGGAUCAUCAAGUGCGUUUAGCAGUUGGAAAUGGUGUACGGAGUGAUGUAUGGAGGGAAUUUUUAGACAGAUUUGGAAAUAUUAAAAUGUGUGAGCUUUAUGGAGCUACUGAAGGAAACAUUUGCUUCAUGAAUCACACUGGGAAAAUAGGAUCCGUUGGGAGAACAAAUUUCUUUUACAAACUUCUUUUCACUUUUGACUUGGUAAAGUAUGAUUUUCAGAAAGAUGAACCCAUUAGAAACGAACAGGGCUGGUGUCUUCAUGUGAAAAAAGGAGAACCUGGGCUGCUCAUUUCUCGAGUGAAUGAGAAGAAUCCCUUCUUCGGUUACGCUGGGAGUAAGAAGCACACAGAAAAGAAACUGCUUUGUGAUGUUUUUAAGAAGGGAGAUGUUUACUUUAACACAGGAGACUUAAUGGUGCAAGAUCAGGACAAUUUCCUCUAUUUUUGGGACCGUAUUGGUGACACUUUCAGGUGGAAAGGAGAAAAUGUUGCCACCACAGAGGUUGCUGACGUUAUUGGAAUGUUGGAUUUCAUACAGGAGACAAACGCCUACGGGGUGACGGUGCGAGAUUAUGAAGGAAAAGCAGGAAUGGCUUCUAUUAUUUUAAAACCAAAUAAGUCUUUGGACUUGGAGAAAGUUUACGAACAGGUUGUAACAUUUCUACCAGCUUAUGCCUGCCCACGAUUUUUAAGAAUUCAGGAGAAGAUGGAAACAACAGGGACAUUCAAACUACAGAAGUUUCAAUUGGUGGAAGAAGGAUUUAACCCAUUGAAAAUUUCUGACCCACUUUACUUCAUGGAUAACUUGAAAAAAUCUUUUGUUCCACUGACCAAAGAACUUUAUAAUCAAAUAAUGUUAGGGGAGGUCAAACUUUAAGAUUUUGUACACGUGGGAUUUUCAUAUGUUUUCUUAGGUGAGAGGAGAGUGUGUGAUUCUUUAACAUGAUAUGGGGGGAGGGAAUGGACAUUAACUAACAUACACUGUGUUUUCUUAAUAUGCAACAGCUUUUCUCUAAGUAGGAACUUUCAUUUGUUUUAGUCCAUAACAAACUCUAGUUGCUUAUUUGUUUUACCUAUCUGGGGGUUCAGUGCAUAACUAAAUAUUUGCUUCAAUCGUAAAGAUUCUAAAUAGUAAGUGGUUAACAAUUUAGAAACUUACUACAAAUGUACUU